UGCUGACAAGAUUUGACCGCAUAGAGUAGCCCACGUUUCCUUGAGUGGUCAUCCAUAAACUUACAGCCUAACGUUCACAUUUGCCCGUAUCCAUUGUGCGGUACCAAGUAAAUAGCCCGUUUACCAUCCGGUAAAAGAGAGCAAAGCCAAGUAGUUUGAAUGUUAGGACCCGGGGGAUCGUUAGGAGACCUAUCCGUAAACCACUCCCCGAGUGACAGGCAUCAGGUGGCCGUGGCAACCAGUCCGGCGCAGCGUCCUUCUAGCAGCUGCCUGUGCGCAACCAUUGCUCGGCCGAGGCUUUCUAGGCUUCGCUGCUCCUGGUCGGGGGGCCAGCUCUCCGGCACAAGGGGCCUGAUGAUCGGAUUCGGAUAUAAGGUUCCGCCGGCAUCAUGAAUGACCGGUACCAUAGGGCGGCCCGGGAUGGCUACCUGGACUUGCUUAAAGAGGCCACACGGAAGGAUUUGAAUGCUCCGGACGAAGAUGGAAUGACACCUACGUUAUGGGCUGCUUACCACGGCAACCUCGAGGCGCUACGACUCGUUGUAGGCAGAGGGGGGGACCCGGACAAGUGCGACAUCUGGGGGAACACGCCGCUGCACCUGGCGGCCGCCAACGGGCACCUGAACUGCCUGUCCUUCCUGGUGUCGUUCGGUGCCAACAUCUGGUGCCUGGACAACGACUUCCACACCCCGCUGGACAUGGCGGCCACCAAGAGCCACAUGGACUGCGUGCGCUACCUGGACUCCAUCGCGGCCAAGCAGACGGCGCUCAACCCCAAGCUGGUGAGCAAGCUGAAGGACCGGGCCUUCCGCGCGGCCGAGCGCCGCAUCAAGGACUGCGUGAAGAUGCAGCGCAAGCACCACCGCCGCAUGGAGCGGCGCUACCAGCGCGAGGCGUCCGAGGCCUCCGUGUCCGACGCCAUGAGCUUCUCCAGCUACACCAGCAGCACCCUCAGCCGCAAGCUGCCCUUCCCGGGCACCGCCAGCGUCAGCAUGCCAUACUCCCAGGCCACGCUUCACGCCACGGCCAGGGGCAAAACCAAGAUCCAGAGGAAGCUGGAGAAGAAGAAGCAGGGCGACGGGACCUUCAAGAUCUACGAGGACGGCCGCAAGAGCGUGCGCUCGCUCUCGGGCCUGCAGCUGGGCAACGACGUGAUGUUCCUGAAGCAGGGCACCUACCUCAGCCCCCGGGACCGGCGCCGGCGCAACGUGCGCGACAUGUUCCCCGGCGACGAGGACGCCGUGUCCCGCGCCAUCAGCGACCCGGGCCUGCACCUCCCGGCCGACACGGCGUACUCGGAGGUGAGCGCCGACUCGGGCCACGACUCGCUCUUCAACCGGCCCGGCCUGGGCACCAUGGUGUUCCGCCGGAACUACGUGAGCGGCGGGCUGUUCGGCAUCGGGGGCCGCGACGAGGGCAGCCUGGGGCCCGGCGAGGGGCCCCGCGUGCGCAUGCGCAGCCGGCUGCAGCGGUCCCCCAGCGUGGACGACAGCAUCGGCAGCGCCACGUCGCUGCAGGACCGCAACGCCGACGAGCUGCCCUGGGACGAGGUGGACCUGGGCCUGGACGACGACCACGAGCCCGACACCAGCCCCCUGGAGACCUUCCUGGCCACGCAGGGCAUGAGCGAGUUCAGCUCCAUCUUCAAGAGGGAGAAGAUCGACCUGGAGGCCCUGCUGCUCUGCUCCGACCUGGACCUCAAGGGCAUACACAUCCCCCUGGGCCCCCGCAAAAAGAUCCUGGACGCUUGCAAGCGGCGGCUGGAGACGCUGGAGGACCCCGACGCCAUCGAGGACACGGAGCUGUGAGUGGGACUACGGCCGUUCCUGAGCGCACGUAGAUAACACACGGAUUCGUCACAAGCGUGACAACAUUCUGACGCACAGACCGACCCGUUGGAUGGACGGGGGCUGUUCGUGGGAUGGGGGGUUCUGGUGCCAAGGGUGGGGACUGCU